AUGCUGCCCCAUAAAACCAAGAGAGGCCAGGCUGCCCUGGAUAGGAUGAAGGUGUUUGAUGGCAUCCCCCCACCCUACAACAAGAGGAAGCGUAUGGUGGUCCCAGCAGCGCUUAAAAUCGUGCGCCUGAAGCCCACUCGUAAGCUGUAUUUACCAGGCAUGCUGCCCCACAAAACGAGAGGCCAGGCUGCCCUGGAUAGGAUGAAGGUGUUUGAUGGCAUCCCCCCACCCUACAACAAGAGGAAGCGUAUGGUGGUCCCAGCUGCUUUUAAAAGUGUGCGUCUGAAGCCCACUCGUAAGUUUGCCCUCCUGGGAUGUUUGGCCCAUGAGGUGGGCUGGAAGCACCAGGACAUCACUGCCACCCUGGAGGAGAAGAGAAAAGUGAAGGCGGCGAUGCACAACAAGAACAAAAAGGACACAAUAAAACUGACAAAACAGGCACAGAAGAAUGUCCAGUUAAAGAUUUGUGAAUAUACAGAUCUUAAGAAUUAUGGAGUUCUUAUCUUAGACUAGACAGACUUAGACUUCCUCUUUAUUUAUCUUUAUCGUUAUUUAUUUAAGCGUGUUCUAAUAAACGCAAGUAAAUCUUCAUAAA